AUGACAGAUGCUGCUCUUCUUAGAACAUCGACCGAGUAUUUGGCUUCUGAAAGCAACAACAGCAUAAAUUUCUCUGCGGAAUCAUCGUCUGAUGAAGGUGAGGAUGUCAUUACCACUGCUACGACUACCAAAUCCAUAUAUCAUCAUCAUAAAGCCAGCGUAACCGCACUCACAUUACCAGAACCACUGAGAGCGUCCAACGAAGAUAUUGACAAACAAGCUGCUUUGGCUGCCAAUGCACUCUCCAACGCCGCAUUGAGCCAUAAAUUGAAUUCUGGCAUCAUGUACAGGGAUUACAUCUCUGAUUCCAGUGAUAUAAAUUCCGAAACAUCCUCCUUGUUUGAGGAUCAUCAUCCAUUCGGACAAUCUACAGGUGAUUUGACACUGAUCAGUAAAGCAGUGUCUAUCGACACACAUACAUCAGACACACCUGGAUCGUCAGCCAUUGUUCCUGCAGAGAGAAACCCUGUUUCUGGUCUGCUCCGAUCCCCCUCUUCAGUUACCUCAACAGACGGGGAAGACUCGCCUGCUGUAGCUGUAGCCAAGAUCAAGAGCAAGCGACAUAGUGUGCCCGGCCUAGCCACGUCAGAGUACUACUCUUCUUCUUCUUCUUCUUCAGCAAUCACAGCAUCGACAGCAGAUGCCAUUACGAGAAAAUCCAUUAAAAAGAAGCUGGCUGUAUCCACCAGCAUUGCAUCCAUGUCUCGCCACAGAAAGCAGGUAACUACUGCAGCAGCAACCACAUCUACUGAUUCAACACCGUCUGAUUCAACACCGCAGCGAGCUAUUGUAUCCAACGAAGAGCCAUCACCACCACCAUCUCCUACAUCGCAUUCAGCCUUGAAGAAGAACGCUGUACAUUAUGACCAUAAAAUAAUUCCCGACCAUCCAUCGCUUCAGCAACGCUCGGAGGAGCCAAGGGAACCCACGGUAUUGGAUGUGAAUGCCACCACAGCCAUUCCAAAUCGCCAGCAACCACGAUUCAUCACCAUGGAAGAGGAACUGGACAGUGCAGAUGACUUGUUUAUGAGCACAGAUGACCAAGAGAGCAUUGAAUUAAACAAGCCACAUAACAUGAGCAUGAUGGAUUUGUCACAGCAACAACAGCAGCAGCGACAAGAGACGACGAAAAAGAACGAGAUUCGAUCUUUGGAGCAGAGACGGUCCAUCAAGCGACUGAAUGCCGUCAAAGAGUUGAUGGAGACUGAGGAAACCUAUAGCCGUGAUUUGGGUAUCCUCUGUACACACUUUUUGGCCAUCAUCAAGGAGGCCUCUUGUAUAACACCCGAGGAAAGCGAUAUUCUGGUACGAAACUCCAUGGAAAUACUUGUGUUUCAGGAAAAGUUCACCGAGGCCCUGAUUGAAGCGCACGGUGACGAAGAAGAAGAAAAGAACGGCAUCUUCUACAAGGGAAACCUAAAGAACAUUGCUCAAUGCUUUGUGGAGUGGGCGCCCAAGUUUGAAAUCUACCUCGACUAUUGUGUUCGACAAGAUCAUGCAGUGUCUGUGUACAAUGAGCUGCUGCAAACCAACGUUGAAUUUGCCAACUUGAUUGAGAGGUUGCACACAUUUCAUCGCGUGUCGUUUGGAUUCAGUCGACUCAAAUUUGAUGACUAUUUGAUUAUUCCAUUUCAAAGAAUAUUCAGAUAUAGACUCCUGCUACAAAGCAUCACCAAGGCUACACAAAAGGACUCUGAGGAAUACGAGAUCCUAUCAGAGGCUCAAAACACGAUACACGACAUUGCUACCAAGAUCAACAAUGAAAAAUCCAAAAUGGAGGCAAAGCGAAAAACAGCACUCUUUCUAUCUAGAUUAGACUCUGAUUGGUGUCUCCCCAAGCGAUGGUUCAGUACCUUGGGUGUUUGCACACUGAUUGGUACGCUUGAGGUGCGCUGCAAAGGCGAUAGCAAGGCAAAGCGCAUUGGAUGUGCUCUGUUCAAUCAUUACAUGAUCAUGGCCAAGGCAAAGAAACACAAGCAGUACGAGCCUAGAUAUUGGUUUCCUUUGCGAAAGUUUGAAAUUGAAAACAUACCUAAUGCUGAAGGCUCCAUUACUUGUUCAUGGCUAUUGCGCAGUGAUGAGAAUACACUGGAAUUGAGCGCCAUGUGUGAACUGGAGAAGCACAUUUGGAUGGAAGCUCUAGCAACUGCCAUCAAAGAAUCCAAAGCACUUUACUCGAGCAGCGUGGACUCCAAUGAGUAUCUUUUGGAGCAGCUUUUUGUAUCUAGUUUUGAUCAGUACGCUCAACCAAAGCAAUAUCAAGACAAAGCAAUUGACGCAUCAUCCACCUACAACGACACGCCCCUUCAUUUCCCUAUGCCAAAUGGAUCUACAAGCUUUUCGCAGUCUGCCAUCUUCAACAAGCCGUCUAAAUCCAUCAACCGUGCAUCUCACCCCGUAUUCAGUACGCAAGAGUUUUCUGUAUUGGGCCACUUCAAUGCUUCUGGCGGCGGCGACACAGGGGCUGCUGCUUCUCCCGGCCUCCGCUCUCAGUCCAGCAUCAGCGAUCUCCGUGAAUUCUUCACCAACAGUGUUGUCUCUGAGAAAUGGACACAGCGAAAGUUCAAUCAAUACCAUACGCGCUGCAAAUCAGUGGACACCAAGUUUGAUGAUGUCUGUACCACGCCUAUUCUGACAGCGAGAGCCAACAGUAUGACCAGACAUGGAUCUGCCAAGCAUAGCAGAAAGGCAUUUCCCAACGCCAAUCUGCAUCCUUCCUCUGCCAUUUCACUGACAAGGCCCAUCAACGAUCAGCGAGACAACAACUCGGACGCCAACACAAUCUCGCCCAUCUUUCACUCGCCAUCCACCACAUUUAGCGAGAGCUGUACCAGCGGAAACAGCAGCCGAAGACCAUCGAUGAGCCAAAACAGACCCAGCAACAGCAGAGAUUCCAUGAUAUUCAAGUUGGCACAACGCAAUUCAUCCACGCGAUCUGUUCAGUCUAAUCACGCUGCUGCAACUGACCUGGAUCAGCCCACGCACGCAACACCAUCGUUCACAUCCACAACCGUAGUAACAGCUGGUCUGUUACAACCUGCAUCCAGCACAUCCACUCUCUCUUCAUCCACGCGUCCAGCUCGAUUCUUUGGUAGAAUGGUGGAGAAACUAGGCCAAAUUGGCACACCUGGCAAGCGACGCAACCAAUUCAUGUCGAAUAGCGACAGCAAAUCAAAGCCGCCUACGCUACUGCAACAAGAACAACUUGUUGGCGAUCCCACAACAACACCCAGCACCCACAAGAAAAAGUUUUUCCCUCAUUUUCUACAGCAUCGCCAUAGCAAAAAGUAA